UAAGGCGCACUUCUGCAAAUCACGGGCCCAUCCCAAUCCAACGGCCGAAAACCUCGGUAUGCGCUCGAUAACGCUAUGCAUCGCCAAAGCGCACGAUAGCAUAUGUCCCUCUUGAAUGGUUAUCGUUCUGCCUGGUAUGCGCUCUAUUCUCCCCUCCUUAACCUCUUCCCCGCCACUUUGUUUCUCCUUUUCAGUUACUUAUCGACCGUUACAAAUCCACUCUUCAGGAUAUGAAUUUUUGUGUUGCUUUGGUGGGAAUUUCUGCUUGAUAUUUGAAGAGAUUGCUGAGAGUUUGAAGAAACCCAAAUGGGUUGCGGAUCAUAGAUCCGAGUAAGUUUGUUUUAUGGAUCAGGAUCAUUGAUUCUUAUUGCUACUUAGAUGAUUGGACUGGAAACUCAUGUUUAUGCUGCUAUGUGAUUUGAAAAUUUGUACUAAUAUGUUGAACUGGGUUCUGGAGAUUAUAGCUGUUUAAUGAUUAGAUAUAUAUUAUAUAUAUAUAUAUAUAUAUAUAUAUGAAGAAAUGGAAGAAACAGAAAUGGACUACUGUGUUAAGCUUCUUGCCAUACACUUCUAGGCUUAUGAUUUUCUGUGUGCUUAUCUCCAUCAGCAUUGCAUAAUUUCCCAUUUAUAUCACAUUCGUUAUUGGAGUAGAAACAUUUUGGGUAGUUCCAUUCGUCUACUGAGGAGGAAUGUCGGAAGGAACAAGUGCGGGGAUGGACGAUUUAUCUCAAGAUGAUACUGGCACAAUAGAGGAAAUGGCCGAGGACUCGAUUCUGUCGCGACAGACUUCUGUGAAUCUUGUUCCCUUUGUUGGCCAGAGAUUUGUUUCCCAAGAUGCUGCUUAUGAAUUUUAUUGUGGUUUUGCAAAACAAUGUGGUUUUUCGAUCAGACGUCACCGUACUAGAGGCAAGGAUGGUGUUGGCCGGGGAGUGACAAGAAGAGAUUUCACUUGUCAUCGUGGUGGAUACCCACAGAUGAAGCCAGCUGAAGAUGGAAAGAUGCAAAGAAAUCGCAAGUCGUCACGCUGUGGUUGUCAAGCAUAUAUGCGCAUUGUCAAGCGGGCAGACUUUGAUGUCCCUGAAUGGCGUAUUACAGGCUUUAGCAACGUCCAUAACCACGAACUUUUGAAAUCCAAUGAAGUGAGUCUCCUUCAUGCCUACUGUUCCAUAUCUCCAGAUGACAAGAGUCGGAUUUGCAUGUAUGCAAAAGCUGGGAUGUCAGUGCGACAAAUGUUAAGAUUGUUGGAGCUGGAGAAAGGUGUUAAACUAGGUUGUUUAACAUUUACAGAGAUAGACGUGAGAAACCUACUGCAGUCUUUUAGAAGUGUUAAUAGAGAUAAUGAUGCCAUUGAUCUUAUAGCAAUGUGCAAAAAGAUGAAAGAUGAAAACCCUCAUUUCAAGUAUGACUUCAAAAUAGAUGGUCAUAAUAGGCUGGAGCAUAUUGCUUGGUCUUAUGGUUCAUCUAUUCAAUUAUAUGAGGAAUUUGGAGACGCAGUGGUUUUUGACACAACUUAUCGUCUGGAUGCUUAUGAUAUGCUGCUAGGCAUUUGGCUUGGAGUGGAUAACCAUGGAAUGACUUGUUUCUUCGGGUGCGUGCUUCUGCGGGAUGAAAAUAUGCAGUCAUUUUUCUGGGCAUUGAAGACAUUUUGGGGGUUCAUGAAAGGAAAGACUCCACAGACAAUAUUAACUGACCAUAACAUGUGGCUGAAAGAAGCUAUUGCUGUCGUCAUGCCUCAAACAAGACACGCCUUUUGCAUAUGGUACAUUGUUGAAAAGUUCUCGGAGUGGUUUUCUCCACUUCUUGGGUCUCAAUAUGAUGAUUGGAAAGCCGACUUUGAUCAACUCUACAAUCUGCAGUCAGUAGAGGAUUUUGAGGAAAGAUGGACGGAAAUGGUUGAUAGAUAUGGACUGCAUGCAAAUAAGCAUGUAAUCAGCUUAUAUGCGCUGCGGUCGUUUUGGGCUUUAGCAUAUAUGAGGCCUUAUUUUUUUGCUGGAAUGACAAGUACAUGUCACUCAGAUUCAAUUAAUGCUUUCAUCCAACGUUUUUUGAGUGCAGUGUCUCAACUAGAUCGUUUUGUAGAGCAAGCAGCUGAUAUUGUUAAUUAUAGUGAUCGGGCUGGGGCAAAGCAAAAGUUGCAACAGAAGCUGCAGAGAGUAUGCCUUAAAACAGGUUCACCAAUUGAAUCGCAUGCUGCCUCUGUUCUUACUCCUCAUGCAUUUGGAAAACUUCAAGAGGAACUUGUAUUGGCUCCACAAUAUGCAUCUCUUCCAGUAGAUGAAAGUUGUUUCCAGGUCCAGCACCAUACUCAGGCAGAUGGAGGCUGCAAAGUGAUUUGGGUUCCAAGUCAGGAGCACAUCAGCUGUAGCUGUUGUGAGUUCGAGUUCACAGGCAUCCUCUGCAGGCACGUUCUUCGUGUCUUGUCAAAUAAUAAUUGUUUUCGUAUUCCAGACCAAUAUCUACCCAUCCGCUGGUGUGGUGUCAGUUCAUCUUCCACUAACACCUUUCAGACUGCUAAAGACAAGUCUGAGAAGAUUCAACUAUUGGAGUCCAUGGCUUCAACACUUGUUGCUGAAUCAGUUGAAACAGAGGAGCGCCUUGAUGUUGCAUAUGAGCAAAUUGCAGUGGUAUUAUCACGUGUAAAAGACCUUCCUAGUACAACACGUAAGGCAAAUGUAGGAGCCUCUAAUUGUCCACCUGAUUUAAUGACUCUACCGGAGGUGGAAGUUGACAAUGGAGAUGUUCGUUUUACAAUUGGAAACUCUCAUGAAUCUGUUUCUUCAGGAAAGCUUAAAGAGAGAAGACCAAAAGAAACUGUUGAAAGUAAUAGAAAGCGAACGCGGCAUUGUGCUGGCCCCUGCUGUCUGAGUGUCCAGUGAUGGGAGGUGAUAUUUUGAAUUGAGAUGUUGUAGAAAACUUGUAGAGUAAAAAAUUGGAAAUAGACUAGUUUAUGUAGCAAAGGAAAAUGCCGAAAAUCAGCACUUCUUCAAUGUUCAUUUUUGUCAAUAUUUUGUUAUUCAUUACUGUGGUGCGACUUUUCUCCUUAUACUGAGUUCACACCCUUCAUCUCAAAUGUAACUGGAGUUUGGAGAUUAAUAUGUGCUCUAAUUUCUUCAA